UCUGUUUUAUGUCAUCUAUGUCGAUAUGUGAUUGCUGAUUAGCGCACUUACUAGUGUUUAUGAAAACCGUUUUAACACAAUAAUAAGUUAAACCUUUAGAAAAUGUUAAUUCAAAAGGUUCGACCGCUGUUUGCGGCUAUUUUAAGAUCUUCCUUUCAAGAGGAUUUCAAAUAUUUAUCACGCUCUAGCAUAGUAUACCAUAAAGCAGCAUAUGAGGGUGAUGGCAAGACAACAGUGCGUAUUAUAAAUCAGGAUCCCGAUCUCGGACUUAUUAUAGACUCAUACGGCACAUUUGGCUUUCGACUCAACAAUGGUCUUACUGUUCUGGGACCUAUGGCUAUAUUUCCAAGGACUGUCCUAUCUUGGCAAAUUCACAGUUCAAACAACAUCACAGCUGAUUCACUCACAUUGUUCAGAUUGCUUGAACCUAAAGUGGAUCUUGUGAUAAUAGGACUUGAAACAAAAGACCGUAAAGUGUUAAACUCAGUGUUCCGAGCAAGUCGUGAAGCAAAACUGAAUGUGGAGAUUUUACCAACUGAACAUGCCUGUGCAACCUUUAACUUUCUCAAUGCGGAAAGCAGGUCAAUAGCAGGUGCUUUGAUCCCACCGUUGCACAUUGAAGUGAAUGAAGACGACAUGCUCAACAGCAAACUGCACUACGGAAACCUGUACAACCGUCGGGAUGACUUAUAGACAAAUUGUAUUUGUCUCCAAGGAUAUAAACGUUUUAGCUUAGCUUGAGAUUUAAUUAUUAACAUUUAGGUAAUUGUAUUAAAUUAAUAUGUAAAUAUAGUUUGCUGCCACUGA